AUGUCUUCGACGUCGAUCGUCUUUGGAGAUGGAAAUCUCGGAGUUCAGGUCGGUAUCAACAAGGGGUCGAUCUAUCUGCCAGACCGGCCGGAGACACCCGUUGACCCUCUAUCGACUAUCCCGUUCCGGCGGGAUCGAGACUUCGUUGAUCGCGAAAUACUAUUCGACCAGCUAGAGAGCAAAACGUCAGUUCAGGGGUCGAGAAUAGCCCUUGUUGGCUUGGGUGGGGUCGGGAAAUCCCAAGUUGCCAUCGAAUAUUGUUACCGUGUGCGCGACAGAUCUCCGGAUACAUGGGUUAUCUGGAUCUAUGCCAGCAAUGCAACUCGGUUUGAACAGAGUUGCCGAGACGUGGCGGACCAGGUCAGGAUACCAGGCCGUAAGAUCCCGAAAGUGAACAUCUUCAAAUUACUGCGCGACUGGCUUCAUGGCAAGCGCAAUUGGGUCCUUGUCUUCGAUAACGUCGACGAUACUCAGUUCCUCGUCGAGACUUAUUCGGCAGGGCAUGAAGACACACCAGAUAUGCGGCUCGGAAGCGACAUCCAAACGCGGACAAUAUGGUCUUACUUCCCCGAAAGUCUGACUGGCUCUAUCGUGAUCACUAGUCGGAACAGAGGCGGUAUAUCCAAACUUGUUGAAGAUUGUGAUAUUAUUUCGGUUGACCCAAUGGACCAGGAGGUUGGAUGUUUACUUUUUGAGAAGAAGCUGGGCAUGAAGGCCGACAAAGAAGAGAUCCUUCGGCUAAUCACUGCACUGGAAAGUAUGCCGCUUGCAAUUGCGCAAGCUGCAGCUUAUAUCCGGCAGCGCGCUCCCCGAUAUUCGGUCAAGAAGUACCUAGAAGAUUUCCAAAAGAGCGAUAGAAAAAGAAACACACUUCUCAAGUACGAUGAAGGCACUUAUCGCAGAGAUGAGGAGGCCGAGAAUGCCAUUCUACUCACCUGGCAAAUUACAUUUGAUCACCUGCGCCAAGAAAGGCCGUCUGCAGCAAACUUGUUAUCUUUAAUGAGCUUUUUUGACAGACAGCGAAUCCCCGACCAUUUGCUCAAGGGCCACACCACGGAAGAAUCGGAUGAUUGGAGUCUGAACGCUGGGUCAGGUGCAUACAGCGUCAGCAACAGCAGGAGUGACAACAGCAGCGAUCUCAGCGAAAGCAUGUUCGAAAAAUUGCAGAGAAUGGCUAGCGAUGACGAUACAAACGAGACGCUGGACACCUAUCUGCACAGUCCGCCCCCGGAGCCAAAUGACGACGAAUGGGAACCAAACAGUCCAGCGAGUCAAAGCCAGGAACAUCUCGAUGAUUUCCUAGGUGGGAGAAAAGAACCGGAAGAGGAUCCCUGGGAUCUGGAUAGUGACGGAGAUUCCGAAACCACGUCUGAUCCCAGUGACUACGACUCAGACAUACAAAGCUUUUCCAAUGACUUCGAGGAUGAUAUCUUGGUUCUAAGGAACUAUUCACUGAUCGCAAUAGGUGCGGUUGAGACACACCUGGCCAUGCAUCGACUAGUUCAGCUAGCGACACAGGAAUGGCUGCAAGAUCACAGCAAGCUGGAGGAAUGGAAAACCUCUUUCAUCAAAGUCUUAUAUCUGCAUUUUCCGCAACCAAAAUUUGAAAACCGGGAUGAAUGCGGAGCAAUCUUCCCACACAUUCAAUCGGCAACACUCCAGAAGUCACCUGCAGGUGAUGCACCUGAGGAAUGGGCGACAGUGCUAUACAGAUCGGCAUCAUAUUUGUAUGAAAACAGAAACUUUCUUGAUGCUAGCAGAAUGGCAGAGCUCUCUACAAAGGUCAGGCAGUCUGUACUCGGACCGACACAUCAUCGAACAGUCGAAAGCGUUGAGAUGUUGGCGCUAUCCUAUCUGUAUUGCGAUUCAUUUCAAAAAGGCGAAAAGCUACUUUUGAAAGUCCUGGCCAGCCGGAAGCAGGAUCUAGGAGAAGAACACCCUUCGACUCUCGCGAGUAUGGGCAACUUGGGUGAUGCCUAUCGCUUCCAGGGGCGAUGGGAUGAAGCAGAGAAGCUACAACUGCAGGUCCUCAAUGCCCACAAGAGAAUGUUUGGCGAGGAGCACCCAGACACUUUGACUACUAUGGGGAUGCUAGCCGAUACAUUGAUUUCUGGAAGACGUUUGAAACAAGCGGAAGAGCUCACAGCACAGACCCUGAAGAUUCAAAAGAAAGUCAACGGCCCAGAGCAUCCGGAAACUAUGAAGACGAUCGAUGCUUUGGCGUUGAUAUAUGUCGAACAAAAGAGGUUCAAAGAGGCCGAAGAGCUGAGAUUGCAAGAGACCGAGGUCUUCUCCAGGCUUCUAGGAGCAGAAAGCGAGUCCGCUGUGAGCUCUAUGGUGGGCCUAGGAGACGUCUAUCGACUUCAGAAACGAUAUGAAGAGGCAAGAACUGUUUUCACGCAGAUCCUGGAGACGCGUCGGAAGACCAUUGGCGAGAAUCACCCCGAAACACUUUCCUCUAUUUUCAACCUAGCAUGGACCUUUUUUGGCGAAGGGAAAUGGAGCGAGGCAGAAGCUCUGUUUGCUCAAGUACUCCAGGCCCAAGAAAAGCUGUUCAGUCAGGAUCACCCUUCUGUGCUGUCAACGCUAUCCUAUUUAGCGAAUGUCUACGCACGGCAAGAUCGCUGGGAAAAGUCCGAGAAAAUACACACCAACAUUCUGAAACGGCGGGAAAAAGCAUACGGUCUACAACAUCCAUUCACCCUGAAAUCAGUGAUAUCAAUUGGGGAUCUCUACGCCCGUCAAAGCCGAUGCAAAGAGGCCGAAGAGGCCUAUAGACGGGCCUUGUCUGGCUAUGAGAAAUUCUAUGGGAUGGAAGACAACCUUACUCUGGGAUUAGUGGUAUCAAUUGGCAACAUAUGCAUUCAGCAAGAUCGGCUGGAAGAGACCGAGGAGCUCUACACACGUGCCUUGUGUGGCUAUGAGAAGAUCUUUGGGAUGGAACAUGAGCUUACCCUGGAUGUGAUCGCAGCUCUUGGCUUUGUUUACAAGAGACAGGAAAAUUGGUCUCAAGCCGAGGAGUUCUUCAAGCGAGCCUUACCGGCACAAGAAAAUGUUCUGGGGGUGGAGCACACAGAAACCCUGAAAACCAAGACGGGACUUGCAACUAUCUACAAGCAACAGGGCCAAUGGGCACAGGCUGAAGACCUGUGGAAGCAACUAUUGCAAAGCCAGGAGGAGUCUCUUGGAAUAGAGGAUUCAACUACCCUGCAAAGAAUGGCAGAGUUGGUGUAUGUCUACGAGCAACAGAAAAAGUCGGACCUGGCCGAGGAGCUCUGCGAGCGAAUUCUGAAAAGCGACAAAAAGUUCGGUGAAUCAGACAUUCCACUUUCUGUUCAUUACUUGGUACCAUUGGCAGAAAUGUUUGAAGCCCAGAAGCAAUGGAACCAGUCAGCAAACAUCAAUACGCGGGUCUUCGAAAUCUGCAAGAAUGCUCUGGGUGAAAAUCACAACCAGACUUUACGGGCGUUGUGGUGGCUCGCGUCCGCCUACUGGAACCUGGAGAGAAAGGACGAAGCAAAAGCUUGCUACGUGCAGGUAGUCGAAACACGAAGGCGAGAGUAUGGACUGGAAGAUCCUGAAACGCGAGCCAGCAUGAGACAUUUGGUCAUUGUAUUCAAGAAAUUGGGUGAAGAUGAGGCUGCGUCGGCGAUGGAAGCAGAAUUAGGCUCAACCCAUUAG